GGUUAUUCUGUGCAAACCCCUCCGGUUGCAUCAAAGUAAAAAACAACAGGUAGCCUAUAUAUGAACAGCUAAACUAGGGAAUAGGGAUGACACAUGGGCAUUUUCGUAAUAAUAUAAUGUCUCGGUCGCCGGUACGUCUCCGUUUUUCUCCAAAUGAACAGAGGCAUCCAUGCCCCCACCUCAUUCGCCAGCUCCACACAAAUACAGGCAAAGGCAGCGCAAUCACAACAGCACCAAUGGCGUCUCCGGCCGCCGCCGCUCAGCCAUCCCUUCUCCUCCUGCUGCUGGUGUUCGUGGCCCUCAUCAACGCCGGGGGUGCCGGCGCGGCCACCUUCUUCGUCACCAACUUGUGCGCCUUCCCGGUGUGGCCGGCCGCCAUCCCGAACGGGGGCGGCACCCAGCUGAACCCCGGCGAGACGUGGCUCGUCCAGGUCCCCGCCGGCACCGCCGGCGGCAGGAUCUGGGGCCGCACCGGCUGCUACUUCGCCGGCGACCAAGGCAGCUGCACAACCGGCGACUGCGCGGGCGCCAGGUGCUGCGCGCUCUCGGGGAAGCCCCCGGCGACGCUGGCGGAGUUCACCAUCGGCGUCGACUCCGGCGUCCAGGAUGACUUCUACGACGUCUCGGUGGUGGACGGGUUCAACGUGGCCAUGGACUUCAAGUGCAUCACAGGCGGCGGCGACCCGAUCCGGUGCAGGGACCCCGGCUGCGCCGACGCCAGCCACCCCGGCGACGCGAAGGUCCGCACGUGCAGGGGCAACGCCGACUACCAGGUCACCUUCUGCCCAUGAGUGUGAUGACUGAUGUAUGGUAACUCUGCACUAGCUAGCUAGUACUGGCCGGGUUUUCGAGGAUGAAUAAAGUUGUGUGAUGAUGAGGUGCUCGUUCACACUCGUGUGGAUGCAUGAUACAUGCGUGUGGCUAGCUAUCUUUGUGUCAAUACUCAAUAGUAUCAUUUGUUGAAUGAGAUAUAUAUAUAUUGUCAAUAAUGGAUCAGAGAUUGUGAUUGAUGAUGCAAAAAGAUUUAUAUUAUACGAGUCAGAAACUUACUGAUGGAUUCAGCAAAACUGUACUUCUCUGUCUGAGUUGACAGAAUCAAUGAAUCACUUACUCGCAUUUUUAUCA